CUUCAAGAAGGCGUGCAGCUCGGCGUUGGUGGAGACCGUCCUGACGUUGUAGGUGCAGAGCAUGAAACAAUCUCCAUGGCGAGUCGAAGACGUGUCCUUUUGGUCCGAAAUCCAUGGCGUCCUGUGCAACCUGACAUUGGUCUUGAUAACAUCCGGUGCCGUAGAUGUGAUCCAAUCACAUCUAAAAUUGCUCCCGUUUUUGAUGGAAUAACUUUUGCGCAUGGAGGAGGCCAGCAUUCUCGACUGUCACUUGUCACAUAUGCGUCAAAAGCUGAGACGAAAUUUGACUUAGACUAUUUCACUUCUGCGAAAGAAGUGAUGAAAGAAAUAAGAAACGUGCAAGCAGCAGAAGGCACAGCUAACUUGACUGUAAAGGCUGACUUUGAUCGUACCAAAACGCUGGCAUUUAAAAUACGAGAAAGCGGAGCGACUAUAAUAGUUGUAGCUUUUGGCCUGGAGCGAGAUCCUGCUUUAAUGAACGAAUUGCGAAAGAUUGCUUCUCCAGGACUUCUCUUCUCAGGUGCAACGAAUGAUUUAACUGAUAAAAUUCAACAUGCUCUUUGUAGCGCCAACUGUUAUUGUAAAUCGAAGUGGCGUCAGUACGAAAUCCAAUAUGGAGACACCGUAGAGAAGUAUGGCGAAUGUCUGAGAAUUGGUACAACGAAUGAUUUAGCUGGUAAAAUUCGACAUGCUCUUUGCAGCGCCAACUGUUAUUGUAAAUCAAAGUGGCGUCAAUAUGAAAUCCAAUAUGGAGACAUUGUGGAGAAGUAUGGCGAAUGUCUGAGAAUUGGCGCUUAUUUCUGGGAUCAACCUAAAGGAAAGCAACCUCUUCUGCUCAAAGACGGAAGCUUCACGAAUUGGAAACAGGGUUUUCCAGUUCCAAGUGAAGAUGAUUCUUGUGUGGUAAGCGCAGAGACUGGAAUGUGGAUGACUGUAAGUUAA